AUGGGAAAUUUGAAAGAAGCUAUUCAAACAAUUACUAUUAUUGUUGAUCGUUAUAAAGCUCCAAUAGCAGACAACGAUAAGAUGGUUCUUAUUCGAUGUUUAAAAUAUCGACUACAAGCUAAUUUUCAAGAUGAAAAUUAUAAAGUUGCCUUAGGACUUGAUCUUAAUUGUGCUCAACCAUCUAUAUCACCAAUACCAUUAUAUCAAGAAAUUUUACCACCAGCUGAUAUUGAACAAGCUCGUAGUGAUAUAACACGUAUAAAUGAUGUAAUGAAAACAAUAUCAAGUAUUUUAUAA